CAAACCGCGAACUGCGCUCAGUUCCCUUUCAGAUUCCUAGAGGCAAGCAUUGACUGCUGGUAAAAAACAUAGUCCAACCCAAUGAUGAAGGCGACUCCCAAGAUAAAGACACUGAUUUCCGGUCCUGUUGUACUGCAAAUUCUAAUGGGGAUGCUUAUAGUUUUGGCUUCCGUACCAGGCGCCGUUUCUGAUCCAGACACAAAGAACGGCAAUGUCAAGGCCUCCGACCGGCUUCAAGCAGGGCUUUUCCUGAACUACGACAGCAAUCUGCAGCCCCACUUCCAAGGAGCUCUCACAAACGUGGCUCUUGGAAUAGUGAUCAACUACAUAGACAUUGAUGAGAUGAACGGCAAACUGAUCAUUCACUGUUGGUUGAAUAUCCGAUGGAGCGAUGAGCAGCGUACGUGGCAACCAUCGGAAUAUGACAAUAUCACAGAAAUCACCGUAAGGGCCAGCGAGGUAUGGACACCCCAGAUAACGCUUUUCAACGGAGACGAUAGUGGACUUUUGGCGGAUACCCAGGUGACCCUUAGCCAUGAUGGUCACUUUCGACGGAUGGCUCCAGCUUUGUACACGGCCUACUGCGACCUCAACAUGGUGGACUGGCCACAUGACAAGCAGACUUGUAAGCUAAAGAUCGGCUCCUGGGGCUUAAAAAUCAUUCUUCCGGAUAACAGUACCGCUAAGGGUACAUCUCUUGACCGUGACGACCUGGUCCAAUCGCCUGAGUGGGAGAUCGUGGACUCCAGAGCUAAGUUUGUGAGUCUGGACUACUACGGAUACAUGGAAUACACCCUGACUGCUAAGCGCCGAUCAUCCAUGUACACUGCUGUAAUCUACACGCCCGCUUCCUGUAUCGUCAUCCUAGCUCUGUCCGCCUUUUGGCUGCCACCACAUAUGGGCGGAGAGAAAAUUAUGAUCAACGGACUACUCAUUAUUGUGAUCGCCGCUUUCCUGAUGUACUUUGCCCAACUGAUGCCCAUUCUUUCUAGUAAUACGCCACUUGUCGUGAUUUUCUAUAGCACAAGCCUGUUGUUUUUGACUGUGUCCACCGUAAUUGAGGUUUCAGUACUGUACCUGGCCACCGCCAAACACAAGAGGCGCUUGCCGGAGGUGCUAAGAAAACUGCUUCAUGGAAAGUUGGGCACCUGGCUGCUUCUCUCUCAGUUCAGCACCACCGGUGAGCAGCAAAGGGAUCAAACUAAGGAGUUGGGCGAGCACCUAUACGAAGAUCCCCAAGAUCAUGACGUGACCAGCCCGCUGGAAAUAAAUCCCACCGAAGUUCCAGGCUAUAAGGCUAACCAGUUUGACUGGGCGUUGCUAGCUACCGCCGUGGACCGCAUAUUCUUUUUGGCAUUCAGCCUGUCUUUUCUGAUCCUGGCCAUAAGAUGUGUUAUCUAGGACUUGUUGUGAAUUAAACUUAAUGCAGUCCAACCUUGAGGUCGUCACCAACUAUAUUUAGUAUUCCAGAAGCACCAAACGAAGUUAGACAAAACCUAGGUGCAUUCAAAGUUACUUUUGCUUUUACGAUGUCUUAUAUUUACUCUGUGUGCGAACUUAGAAUUAUUUAAUGAUGAGACCCCGUUUGGAAUAAAGGACCUCUGCCGAA